AGAGAGGAGGGGAGUGGCAAGCAAAGAGGACAGUGAGAAGAAGACAAGGCAACAGGAGCAGGGCGUAGGGAGGUGUAAGAACAUGCCGAGAGGAGAGUGCACGGACGAGAGAUGACAGCCAUGCUGAGCCCAAAGAUCAGACAGACAAGGAGAGCUCGGUCCAAGAGUAUGGUAAUGGGCGACAUGUCAAGGGGCUCGUGCCGACCGGCCUCUCCUAACCUCCAAGAGGGGGCGCUGAAAGCUGGCUGGCUGAAGAAACAGCGCAGCAUUAUGAAGAACUGGCAGCUCCGCUGGUUUGUUCUGCGCUCAGAUCAGCUUUAUUUUUACAAAGAUGAAGAAGAAACCAAACCACAGGGCUGUAUACCUCUGAAGGGAUGCCAGGCCAAUGAGCUUGCCACCAACCCUGAUGAACCAGGAAGACACAUAUUUGAGAUCUCACCAGGUGGGACAGGUGAGAAAGACCGGGCACCCAUCAGCCAUGAGUCCAUUGUGCUCAUGGCCAACUCCCAGACAGAUAUGGAUGAAUGGGUCAAGGCCAUACGGCGUGUCAUCUGGGCGCCCUUUGGAGGAGGAAUAUUUGGCCAGCGUUUAGAAGACACUGUACAAUAUGAGAAGAAGUUUGGACCCAGGUUGGCGCCCCUGUUGGUGGAACAGUGUGUGGACUUCAUCAGAGAGAGAGGUCUGAAUGAGGAAGGUCUCUUUCGAAUGCCAGGGCAGGCCAAUCUGGUCAAAGAGCUGCAGCAGGCCUUCGACUGUGGUGACAAGCCUCAAUUUGACAGUAACACAGACAUCCACACAGUGGCAUCCUUGCUAAAGUUAUACCUGCGGGAGCUGCCUGAACCUGUCAUUCCCUUCUCCAAAUAUGAGGACUUUCUAACAUGUGCACAACUUUUGGCCAAAGAUGAAGAUGAGGGUAUCCAGGAACUUGGAAAGCAAGUCAGCACUCUACCUCUACCCAACUACAAUCUUCUCAAGUAUAUAUGCAAAUUCCUUGAUGAGGUCCAGUCCCACUGUCAUGAAAACAAGAUGAGUGUCCAGAACCUUGCCACAGUAUUUGGCCCAAACAUCCUUCGGCCCAAGAUGGAGGACCCUGUCACUAUCAUGGAAGGAACCUCUCUGGUACAGCACCUGAUGACAGUCCUCAUCAGAGAACACAAGCAUUUGUACUCAGGGAGAGACAUUGAGGGACCUACUGCACUCCAAACUCAGCUCACUCUCCAAAGCCAACACCUACACCUUCACAGCCUCAUAGCCUGGAUCUCUGAAGAGGACCUCCUGAGCUGCCCAGACUCUAACCUUGAUGAACUACACAGCAGUGCCUCAUCUCUGGAUGCCAAACUGUGUGCUGCUGACAUAUGCAGCCUGUCGCCAAACCCAACUACUGCACCAAGACUAGGGGCGUCAUCAGGGAAAGGUGACAUGGCAGUCAGCACAAGUAAGCAAGUCAAGACCAUGCCUUCAUGGAAAUACACAUUCAAAAGCUCCUCAGCACCUCGGGUACAGCCACAAGCGAAGCAAAGUAGUGGUGGCACAGUAACAGAUGCCACAGGUGGAUCUUCUGGUGGAGGAGGAAGUUUGGGUGGAGGUAAUUGGCUUAUGAACGGUUUAUCCUCCUUAAGAGGCCAUCGGCGCACAGCUUCAGGUGAGCGAUCCACCCGUGACCGUGACUCCACUGGUUCCUCUCAGAGACUGUCCACAUAUGACAAUGUCACAUCCUCCUCCAGCAUGGGAAGUGUACCAAGUGUGGUCAGCACGCAGUGGUCCAUCUCCUCUUAUGACAUCUCCAUCCCUGACUCUGGGGGCAGUGAUAAGUUUAGGAGCCAGAACUGUGGAGCCAGAGAGAUGGGGGAGUGUUUGGAGAUGCAGAGGGACCUUGAGAGAGGAAGGAAAGGGAGAAUGACAACAGACCAAAGUUCUGAGCAGGACAGCUGUGAUGCCAUGGAGCUGUGCAGCAGCAGUGCAGCCUGCAGUGAAAAUGGGAACACAGCCGUGACUGCAGGGUUGCUGGGCAUUAUCAUGUCAGAGGACGGAGAUGGAACAAAAGCAAUGCUGACCAAUCUGGUAGAAGGGCUGAAGGAUGAGUUGUGGAAACAGAAAACCUCUUAUGAGACCAGGAUCAAAAAACUUGAAGAGUCCAGCAUGGCUCUGUGCACCCAGUUGGAGCGUUUGGAACAAGAGAUGGAGCAGGAAAGGAAGAAGCAAUGCAUGCUGGAAAUCAAACUGCGAAACUCUGAACGAGCGCGGGAGGAUGCCGAGAACCGUAACCGGCUUUUAGAGGAAGAAAUGGAGGAUUUCUUUUCCACGUUGGGAGAUCUGGCACUUGACACAAGGACUAGUGACAUUUAACAGUUGUUGACAUCAGGGUUUUAUAUUUCAGGGUAGCUGCUUUUUUUAUAUCCAUUCUCCUUAGUGCAUUACAGCAUUCUGUUACAAGAAAAUGAA